AUGUAUUCUUUUCACCUUUCCCAAUUUACCCUCAUUACUAUUUGCAUUUCCAUUUUUCUCCUUUCUCCUCUUUCCUUGGCCUCACCCAAACCCCACCCCUUCAAAAAAGUCUAUGUAUUUGGAGACUCAUAUACAGACACCGGCAGCGGCAACUCCUCCACCGGACCAAGCAUCUUCCGCCACGUGUCUAGUCUUCCUUACGGCGAAACAUUCUUCCGCCGCCCCACCAACAGAUACUCCGACGGCCGUGUCUUCAUCGACUUCGUAGCAGAAUCACUCAACCUACCCUACUUCCCUCCCUAUCUUAACAAAUCUUCCGACACCACUCACGGCGUCAACUUCGCCGUCAGCGGCUGCACCGCCAUUCCUUAUCCUUUUUUCGUGAAAAAUAACCUCACAAGUAACAUUAUCCCACAGUCCCUUCCAACACAACUCACAUGGUUCAAAGAUUUCAUCAAAGGCUCAGGCUGUAACGACGCCGUUUCAACUCCGGCGGAAUGCAAGGCCGUAUUCGACGGUGCAUUAGUUUGGGUCGGCGAAAUUUCUGCAAAUGAUUAUAAUUACGUAUAUGGCAGUCACGUCACCAGCAAAACUGUUCAAAAACUAGCCAUAAAGUACCAAACGAGAUUUAUGAAAGAAAUUUUGAAAAUGGGCGCCAAGUAUGUCGUCGUUCAAGGUUUGCCGGCGACCGGCUGUUUCCCUUUGUCACUGGUCGCACUUGCUCCUCCGACCGACCGGGACGAGAUGGGUUGUGUUGCAACCAAGAACAAAGAAAGCUACGACCAUAACGUGGUACUACAAGCGAAACUACGGAGUCUCCGAAAGGAGUUUCCGGCGACGGUGAUUGUGUACGGAGAUGACUGGCAUGCUUACCGUGAGGUUUACGGAAAUCCGGCAAAAUAUGGUUUCACCGAGCGGUUUAAAGCGUGCUGUGGGGUGAAAGACGGUGCCUACGACUUUAAUCCGAUGUGCACGUGCGGUGCUCCGGGAACGAGCUCUUGCAAGAAUCCGGCGAGGUAUAUGAACUGGGAUGGGUUGCACGUGACGGAGGGUUUGAACAGGGCGACCUCCAGGUUGUUUCUCGGCGGCGCGUUUGCUCAACCGCCGUUCCCGUAUCUUUUGAAGAAGGCUGCACAAUCUUGAGUGUAAUGAUCGAUACAUACAUGAUUUUGUAUAUUUAACGGUAUUUUGUUACGAAUAAUUU